GGAUCUUUACCUUAUUGAAAGCCAUUUUGCUACUAGGAGCAAGAAGCUACUAGGAGCAAAGGGCAUCGCUACUAGGAGCAAGGACGCUACUAGGGGCUCCUGGCCGUACUACUAGGAGCAAAGACGCUACUAGUUGCAUUCUACAUUGACAACCGAUGCCUCUGGUCGCCUUGGAGCCAUGCUGGAGGGUGAAGCUGUCUCUCAGGCUUCUGCUAAUGCAGGACCAGAGAUUCGUGAAGAAGUGGAACGUCUCAAGGCACAAGGGAAUGAGGAGUUCCGAAACGGAGACUUUGAGGCAGCGCUGGAGAAGUAUGCGCUGGCACUCCGAAGCCUGGAGAGGGUAGCUUACGUGGAUGCCAUUGCAUCCACUUUGGCAUCUAAUCAGGCUCUUUGCCUUCUGAAGCUGGCAAAGUUCCAAGAGGCUGAGGAAAGGGCUUCAGCAGCAUUGGUUGCCGACCCGUCGAACAGCAAAGCAGCAUAUCGACGAGGUCUUGCUCGCCUGAAACUUGGUGAGCCUCGCGGUGCUGCUGAGGACCUUCAGAAGGCACAAAGGCUAGAGCCUCAAAAUGCAGAGAUUCGACAGAAACUGGCAGAGGCAAGGGAGCUUGCUUCUGCUGCGCCCAUUGGAGAGGAGGAAGUGGCUGUUGCUGCCGCCGCUGCCGGUGCACUUGGCAAAGAUGGCGGGCUGUACAAUGAAAAGAGCGAUUUGAACGAAGGGCGGCUGGCUGGAUCUUACCAGGAGCAACGAGAAUGGGUGCGCACCAUCGACAAAUGGAACGAGAUCGUGGACAUCUCUUUUGCAGAUGAAGAAAACAAGAAUUGCAUUUCGGUUUACAUGUCCUUGCCAGGCAUCCAUGAAAUUGCACCUAACAAGGUGUGCGUGUGGAUGACGGCAACAACCCUGGAGGUUCGAAUCAUUGAGUUGCGAGGUGAAAACUGGUGCUAUGUGGCGCAAGAAUUGUGGGGACAGAUAAACCCAGAGCGAUCCUCCUGGAAGAUCCGCAAAGAUAAGCUGUCCUUGAAGCUGGACAAACGAGCUGCCCGCAGUUGGGACAAAUGGGAGAAGCUCCGGCGGAUUUAGAUUCGAGUGCAGCACAAAAA